AUGGCGACGGGAGCUUCCCGAUUCCGACGGGCAAAGGGGGCGGUUGCAAGUGGCUUGGCGCCGGCGGCGAAAACACUACAGACGGAUGCUGGAUGGGAGCUCAUUUUCGGCGAGGACGUGGAGAACCCGGAAGUCUUGGAACAGCACAAGUUCGGCUUGCAGAUGGCGCUCCUUGGACAGGGAACGCCGGAGGGCUUCGUGGAUCACGAGUUUCCUGCGCAAGCCCGGAGCAUUGAUGGUCUCCAGGGCCCGGCCGUCCGCCGGGGCCAGGAGACCCUGAUAGAGCUCUUGAAGACCGUGGACCAGGAGGAGGUGGAUGAGGAGGAGGAGCUGGCUCCGGAUGCGCCGCGCUGCCCCUGCGGCCGACGCUCCCGGCAGGGGCGGAUCCAGCUGCAGGGGGCGGUGGCGCGGCGUCCCUACUUCGGCUGCGCCACAAGAAACUGUCGCUUUUUCAGCUUCGGAGAGCUCCCGGUGACGCCGGAGGCGCAGGCACUCUCUUGGGUACGGCUGCGAACCAUCUCUCCGCAACAGAUGACGAUGGCCGGUCAGCAUUUGGUCACGGUGGGCCGGGAUGGCUUCCGACCGGAGGAUGCACGCCUGGGUCCGGAAUGCGAGUCCUUGGGAGACACAUUGUUUGUGGAUGCACUUGCAGUGCUCACAGAACGGCCGAGUGCUUUGCAGAAGCUCCUACCGAACACAUCAGCAACUGCAGGCUGCCACGAGAUCCGACUCUGCAUCGAGGGCAUCUGGCGAUCACUGCUGCUUGACGAGCGCCUGCCAAUGACCUCUUCCAGCCAGGCUGCCGGUGUGGACAAGAAGAAUUUUCACGAGCUACUGGCUUUCGGGCGCUGCGCGGGUAACCAGCUCUGGAUCCCAUUGCUGGAGAAGGCAUAUGCCAAGGCGCACGGGGCCUACCAGUUUGCCUUUCCUGGCACAGCUCUGCACGUCUUCUUAGAGGAGCUGACGGGAGCCGUCGUGGAGCAAAUUCAACUUGGGAAGCCCAGCCGAAGCAGCUCCGGCGAAGCUCUGGAUCCGGAAGAGCUCUGGGAGGUUCUGCUCCGCCACCAGCGAGAGGGCACUCUCCUUUGCUGCGUCUCGCGGUACCCCCUGCAGACCUCCGCCCUGUCGGCUUUUGCAGUGCUGGAGAUGCAGGGUCAAGGGUCUCCCGGUCGGGCCGUGCGCCUCCGGAACCCGCGGGUCACCGGAGUCGAAGCCACGUUGGCCUACGAGCGCAUCCUCUCGCUUUUGCGGGGUACGCCGGCUGAGGCGUCGACCUAUGCCGAUGGCUCUUUCUGGGUUCAGUUCUCGGACCUCCUCACCGCCUUCUCCCAGGUUUGCAUCUGCCAUGCCUCCUCCGCCGGGGGCUCCGUGCUCCAUACGCGGACCUUCGAGGGAGACUUCACCCCGGAGCGCGGCGUUGGCAUCCGCGGCUGCAGCCUCCGCCUUUCUGCGCAUGCCGGCACGGAGCCCUGCGAGGUCUGGUUCUCAAUCCUCCAGCCGAUCCCAAAGGGGGCCCGGCUUCUCCAGCCAUCCAUGGGGCAGGUUCUGAACGACCUCUCCUUGGUGGUCCUCGAUACUUCCACCGGAAACAAGAAUCCACAUGGGGUAGCGCUGGUGCUGGCUAUGGCCGUGGCAGAAAAUUUCUGGGUUAUCUUUCGUCGACAUCUUAGCAACUGGUAUUACUUCGGUACGCAUCGUCUGAAAGACAGCGCCGCCUUCUUUUUCGUCGGGUAG